UCCUUCAUCUCCAGAUGCCCCGCGCCAGGGGACACCGACGUGCCCAGGCCCUGAGACGCAGGACGGCGCAGCCCCAGGACUGGAGUCCUGCACCUGCCGUCCCGGAGUUCGUGGCCCGGCGUGGCACGGGCUUUCGGCACCGCGUGCGGAGAUGGCCAACUUCCAACCUGACCGGGAAGCCCUGCAAGUUGGUCACUCCUGCCUGGGAUGGACAGAAGAAGAUGGUGUUCGUCGUUGGAGCCUCGCACCUGAGGGCCAUCGUGGACGGGUAUGUAGCCGUGCCCGAGGGAGAUCUGCGUUUCUCUUUUCUUUCUGUUCCAGGUGCAGUGGGCUCCCAGCUGAGGACGGAGCUCCUGCAUGCUGACCUGCCCUGGACCCCGGACGCCGUGUGCGUGUGCGCCCCCAGCAACGACCUUGUGUCCCGGACUGUGGACAAGGCGGCCCUCGACUUCUGUGCUCUCCUGACGACGGCCUGCAGCUCCUGCCCCAAGGUGUUCGUGCUGGACUUCCCUCCACGCCUGAACAUCGAGCUGGGCCUUCAGGAGCUGCUACGUCAGGAAUACCGCCGUGUCGCAGCACGCAUGGGUGUCCCGUACGUGCCUGUGGCAGAGCACUUCCCCCUGCAUCGGUUGCAGCUGUGGUGCCCCGACUCGGUUCACCUCAGCGACUCCGAUGGCAUGACGGUUCUGGUUCAGCUGCUGUGGGACGCCGCUUCCCAGCAGCUGGCGCCCUCCUCCGCCCCGGCCACCGGCGCCUCCCCGGGCGCCACCGCGUGCCGGGGCCGCUCCCAGGCUGCACUCCCAGUGCGACCCUCUGCCAUCCCAUCCAACCCGGUGUGGUUCAGCGGGGCCAUGUUGGACGCCAUGGAGAAGCUGGCCAGGUGUUGCCAGGAGGCGCAGAGGAGCAAAGCGGCAGGUGCUGGCAACACCGUCACCUGCCCCUGA